UCAUUUUAUUCCUUACAUAGUUCUCUCCCUUCCACUCACUCACUGUUUCUUAUAAUUUCACAAUUAAUUCUGGUUGUUGCUAUGAACAACAUAAGUAACCCAGUUAAGUAACAUAUAAUGUUAAUUCUGUUACGUAUUAUCUCAUACAACAAUUUACUCAUUCGUAAUACAUUUUCUUCCUUUAUUUACUCAAUAUCAAAUGAAUUUAUUAAACUAAAAGAAAAAAAACGUCAAUACUAAGUAUAUAACGGGACUCACAACACAACACAUAUUUAUUUAUUACACAUUCUGUAGAAGAUAUAAAUAUCUGUAGAUAUGUAAUAUCACCACGCUUUUUAAGGUGGUUUAAAUCACGGGUGUACAUUACAAAUUAACUGUAUCAUUAAUUGUAUUGUUACAAACUCGUCUUCAUCCGAUAGUAUGAAUUUUGAAUUCUCGACUGUCUGGAUAUCUCAAUCUUGAAAAACAAAAUGCCAAUACUGAAAUCAUUUUAACAUACACACACAUAUAAUUCUUCUUUGGAACAUUGGAUCUUGAAGCAUAUAAAUUAACAGCGUGAAAGCAUAUGAAAACAUAUAAACUAAUAGCGUGAAAAUAUUGGGUUAAAAAAAUAUAUUGGGUGAAAAUAUUGGUUUAAAGAAAACGUCGAAGGUUGCCCGUGGGACAAACAGCCACAAUGAACAGACAAUAACAUUCAUAUAUAAAAUAUUGCAAAAAUAAACAAAGAAACUGUAACAGAUCGAUCAUAUGCAAUAUCAAUGGAGAAAUUUUUGUCAAGAAUGAAAAAAAAAUAUGGCAUGCGAUUUUAGUGCAUUAAAAAGAAUCUGGUUCUUACACCAAAGAACUACAUCUCUUCGCAAACCCGGUUUACAAUUCGAGAUUAGAUAUGUUUUUUUAUAUCUGUUACUACAGUGUGGGACAUGGCCUAAAGUCAUCGCAAACACGUGUCCCGAAGGAAAGUUUGGAGAUAAGUGUCAGCUAACGUGCCACUGUUUCAACGGUGAUAAAGUCUGUGAUGCCACUGGUUGCAGUGAUUCCCUUUGUAGACAAGGCUUCAGGAAUGCACCAGAUUGCCAGACAGUGUGUUCCCCGGGUAGAUUUGGUCAAAGCUGUUUAUUCUUAUGUCACUGCCCAGAAAACGAUUUCUGUGAUCCUGUAAAUGGUUACUGUCGUUCGGGUCGAUGUCAUCGAAAUUGGUAUGGUAGAGGCUGUCAGACACAGUUGUCAACUCUUGUCAAUCCUCCCACUGCUAAGGUUUUGGACUGUCACACAGUUUCGGUUUCAUGGAAUGCCUGGAAUUAUGAUUCGGACCUGGGCUCUACAACCGUAUCGUUUUAUUCGUUGAAAAUGCGCAGCAAAUCUGAUGUAAACUGGGUAAACAUAAAAGAUGUACUUCAAAACGAAAACAACUCUAAAUAUACUGUAAACGUCACAGGUUUGACUGAGAAUUCCCUCUAUCAAUUCCGGAUUGAUGUCAUCUCUUCAUCGAAAAAAAUUAAUAUCAGCGGGCCAAUAGGUGUCCCGACACCGUUUAUCUUCGUACUGUGUUCAGCGUUGGUGGAUAAAACUCUGCAGACUAUAAACACAACAGAUGAUGGCCACAUCGAAAUCUUCCUUCACAAGAAAUACCAGAGCACUGUUAAAGUGAGCUAUGAAGAGACUGGUAUUGGAGAUUGUGAUGAUAUUUCAGCAAAUGUAUCCAGCAUUACAUUUGAUUCAAGCUUCGUUGUGUUAAAUACCAGCUUAUGGCGACAUUAUACAAUUACUGUAGAAAUUAUGUCUCCCUAUAACUUACAUUAUGUCGAAUCAGUACUAACUGCCGAAAUGGUGCCAACAGGAAAAAUAAAAGAUGUCAGAAUAAUAAGUCUAUCCGCAAAUCACGUGACCAUUGAAUGGGACAAUUUACCUUGCGCUGAAAGAGGCGGCGUUCUCAUUCGAUACGAAAUUGUUAUUCAAUCUGAUGACAUAGCAGCAACACGUUCUACUUUGAAAACGAAAUACCAGUUUUUGGUUAUUCCUGAUUUAAAACCGUUCACAAAAUACGGUGUUCGUAUUCGGUAUGUGAACUCAGUAGGAGCCGGAGGUUUCAGCGAAGAACUAAUAUUUCAGUCGUUACAAACAAUUCCAGAUGCUCCCUUACUGAGUGACAUAAUUACGAAAGAGACAGAGGCAACAGUGACAUGGAAACGAAGUAAACAACCAAAUGGCAUAUUAACCCUGUACAUGGUAAGAUGCAUCCAAACAACCGAUCCUACUCAAGUGAUAGAUAUUGUUCAUCCGGCUUCAAAAGAUACUGCAGUUACCUUCUAUGGUUUACAACCAUAUACUAAUUAUUCAGUAAAGAUAAGAGCCAGUACUGACAUUGGAUGGGGAAAUUUUUCUGAUUCAAUGACUGCCAUGACUAAAGAGAGCAUCCCUGGUCCUACACUCAAUUUAUUGGCGCAAUACCACAAUGAAUGCAUUGCUCUAUCAUGGGACCCUCCAGAAAAACCAAAUGGUGUCAUCAUAUCAUAUAAGCUUAUUACAAGGGAGUUGUUUUCCUACACACGCAUCAACCAAGAACCUCUACAGUCAAGCCUAACACUGGGAAAUAUAACUAGUUACCGUCAUUGUAAAUUAUUACCAGCUACACUGUACGGACUAGAGAUUGCAGCAUCUACAUCGAUUGGAACAGGAAAAGUUGGAGUGACUGGCUCAUACUGGACUGAGAUCAAAACACCACCGGCUCCACUUCAACCUAUUUUAACCGGUUUCACUGAUACAUUGAUUGAAGUAAUUCUACGGCCUUCAACGAUUUUUACAGGGCCUAUCAGUUGGUACGAUAUUAGAGUCCAUAGAAUGAAUAAUAUUGAAAAAUGCACUGAAAUAGAUGUUAAUGACUAUAAGACUGUAAAACAACCACCAGGUAUUCUUGUAGCAAAACUCACACCGAAGUAUCUUGAUGCUCCGAUUAAUUUCAAAGUUGGUGACAGCAAGGUAUACGGUGGUGUAGUGAAUUCACCCCUUUCAAAUAAUAGCUGUUACCAAAUAUUCUACGCUUUAUAUAGUAGCUUAAAUAAUGUCACAAAAUUUAAUUUCUCGAGCACAAAAGGGGCUACAAAAUCAAUCGUGCCAAUUCCUCCUGUAAGACUUGCUGCUAUUCUUAUUCCAAUUUUUAUACUUUUGAUUGUUGCAAUUGUUGCAAUAUUGUUAUUUUUCCUUUGCCGAAAAUACAGAUGGUGUAAACCUUCACCAGAACAAAUCUUCACAAUUAAGACUGAUGAUUAUGUCGUCCCAGAAAACACCAAUGAUCUAGAGAAACACUGGACUUCCGUUCGUUCUUUAAAUGAACGAAGACAUUUAGUAAUUCAUGAUGGUUUGCCAAACGGUAAAUACCACUCAUCGUUGUAUAGAAAUGGAGAUAUUGUAAAUUUAGAAAGAGAGGAAUCGAACAAAAAGUCCCAGUUUUUAAGUUUCCGUGAAGAAUAUGAUGCUUUGAAUAACUAUUACGCAGAAACAUCUCCGAACAUAUCAAAUUUUAAAGAAGCCUGCAAAAGAGAAAACACUUGUUUGAACCGUUUCCCGCAAAAACUGCCCUAUGAUAGAAACCGUGUUAUUUUAAAACCAGAUACGUGUUCAAAUAAUACAUACAUCAACGCUAGUUAUAUAGGUGAUAAGACGGCGAGGCAAUAUAAAUACAUUGCAGCACAGAGUCCGUUUAACAAAGAAACUGUUUGCGACUUCUGGAGACUCAUCUAUCAACAUAAAGUUAAAGUAGUGGUUAUGUUAACAAAACAUGUUGAAGAAAACGUGUUGAAAUGCUCCAAAUAUUUUCCACAAUUAACAGGUGAAUACUUCAGGCUCGAAAUAUUUAAUAUGAAGAUACUUACAGUGCAAACCUACGCUGAUUACAGCAUCACAACGAUUAAUGUCAGUGUUGGAAAUGAAAUUGUACAGGAAGUGUGUAUUUUUGAGUUUUUCUCGUGGCCAGAAAGUAUUACCUCGCGAAAUGCUGUUCCUUUAUUAGAAAUGCAUCGAAAGAUUAGUCGUGUUUUCACUGAAAACAUGAGCCCAAUUCUAGUGCACUGUGGCACGGGCAUCAACCGGACUGGUACUUUUAUCAUUAUUGAUAUCCUUCUAGAAGAAUAUAGACAGAAGAGAAGUAUAAACUUAUUCAAUAUCAUAAAGAAUAUACGAAAAUCAAUGAAUUUCACAUUGAGACCUUAUGCUUAUUUCCUUUUCGUAUAUGAUGCUGUUUUUGAAAUGUAUCAAGAUAGAUAUGACUUUAAUGUAACUUAUGAAAAUAUAAACCCACAAUAUUUAGAACAGUUUUUACAAAUUCAGUUUGAUAACUUGUGCCGAUUUAUUCCGAAAAUCGAUGACGAUCAAUUUAUUGCGGGACGUUUGCAGAUAAAUAAAAGUAAAAAUCGUUUUUUGGCGAUACUUCCUCCUGAAAACUUCCGGCCAAUAUUACGGUCUGCAAAAAGUGCCUACAUUAAUGCAGUCUUCCUCGAUGGAUGCAGUCGUAAAAAUCAUUACAUACUGACACAAACUCCAAUGAAGGAGACACUUGGUGACUUUUGGCAAUUAAUAUAUGAAUACAAUGUUAGAACUAUUGUCAUGAUGGAUAAUAAUGUCAAAAACGACACUUGUGUCUCUUACUGGAAAAUGUCCACCGGUGGUAGUACGUUAUGGAGCACAGAGCAUUUCGAUGUUGAAAUCGGAAAUCGGAUUGUCGAUUAUGAUUCAAUAUUGGAACAGUUUCAAUUGAAAGUAACAAAACCUGGAAAAGAAAGUGUGCGAAAGAUUCGACUUUAUCGAUACCAAAAGUGGAAAGGUCCUAAUUUUGUACCAGUCUGUCGAGACUAUAUUCUUUAUCUUAUCCAACAUGUAGCUGAAUGGCAAAGUACAAAUAAUCAUAAACCAAUUGUAGUCCAUUGCAAAGAUGGCGCUACAAACAGCGGCUUAUUCUGCGUGGCUGACGUCUUGAUAGAAAAAAUGAAAUGUGAUAAUUUUGUUGAUGUUUACCAUACUGUAAAACACAUGAAACGAAGGAGACCAGAGAUAAUCCAAGACAUGGUAAAUAUUCUUUUAGUUCUUAUAUUGUUGAAUUUUUUUACCUCCAUUCAAAAUUCAACAUUUUUUACUCUAUAUCUUGAAUUUUGA